AUGAGUGUUAAAUCUAUCUUGCCUGUCUUGUUUGAGAACUCACACUAUAUAGUGGUGAAUAAACCAGCUGGUAUUCAUUCUCAGCACUCAAAGGCUAGUUUGAAAGCGAGGGCCCAAGAUGAAGUUGUACCAUUAUUGAUCGAUCAAUAUCCAGAUCUUAAACCAGUUCAUAGGCUAGAUCUGAGAGUCACAGGUGGACUUUUAAUAGCAAGAGGAAGACACGAUGCCCGGAUGUUCAGUAAUAACCUUAGAAGUGGGGGAGACAAAGGAUACAAGUUCAAAAGAAGAUAUAUUGGUAUAACAAGAGCUAUUUCGGAGUUCAAACCUAUUGAAAAUGUUGAUGAUCCAUACGGUCCUUUUUCCACUACUAAAUUCAUAAGACCAGAAUCAGGUAUUAGAGAAGAUCUUCAAUUAAUCAUUAUGCAAUUAGAAACAGGUAAAAAACAUCAAAUAAGAAAACAUCUCUCUGAAGUUUUGUCACUUCCGAUUGUUAAUGAUAAAAAAUAUGGAAGCUCAAUAAUUAGAGGUAACGAUCAACAACUUGGUCUUCAUUCUAGUUUCAUCUAUACAAGAGUUGGGAACCAACUUAACAAACAUUUCAUUCCGAUCCAGCAAGGUGCUGAUGAUUUAUGGAAGGGCUUUGUUAAUGAAGAUGGAUACUUCAAUGAGGAUAUAAAUGAUAUUUUGGAAAAUUUUGAUGAGAGGCUAAUAGAAUAA